CGGAGACGCGGACAAAGACGUCGGUAGAGGAGCAGAGAGAGGGGAGAGACUGGCAGAGAGGGGGGAAAAGCUCCGUGUCCUGAGGGUUGCAGCUCCGCGGAAAACCCAAAACAAAGCGGGCACGACUCGGAUUCCUUUUGCUUCAGUUCUCCCGUUUAAGCUCGGAGAUCGGAGUCGUGCCGAGAAGAGCUUACGGGCUCCCCCGCUGCUGAGAAGUCGGACCCAGGUGGCAGAUAUGCUUUCGGGCAGCCAGCGCGCUCUCCUCCCGGUCCCGCGUAGUUAUGUCAGAGCGGCGUCCGUCGCGCUCUCGCUGCUUUGGUGACGCGCACGUGUGCCGCCGCUGUGUAGAUGAGCGGGCGCGCGGCGCCCCGGAUCGCGACGUGUGACCAUGCGGCGCUGGCGCGUGGCGCUCGCGCUCCUCGCGGGGCUGCUGGCGCUCGACGCGCGCUACGUGUGCUGGCAGGCGGUGCUCCGGUGUCAGCAGGAGAGCGACUGCGAACUCGCCUACACGCAGUACCUGGCCGCCUGCGAAGCCAACAUCCGGGGCCACCGCCGCCACUGUCCCAGCCACUGCAUCGGCGCGCUCGUGCGGCUCAACGAGACGCGCAGCGGGCCGGACCUGGAGACGUGCGACUGCGGCCAGGACGCGCAGUGCCGGAGGACCAAGCGCGCCAUAGAGCCGUGUCUUCCGCGGCGUUAUCCGACUGACAGAGCCGGCAUCGGGUGCACCGAGGCCCGCCAGCGCUGCGAGGAGGAGCCCGGCUGUCAGGCUUUGCUGACGGACUACCUGUCCAGCUGCGGACAGCUGUUCAACGGCAGGAGGUGCACGAUUAAGUGCCGAAGCACCAUUGAGCGCUUGCUGUCCGUCCCGAGCGGCGCGCUGCUCAGCCGCUGCGUGUGCGACGGCGUGGAGCGGCCCUUCUGCCAGGUGGUCAAGGAGAACAUGGAGAAACUGUGCUCGAUUGGGGACCAGGGCUUCUCCACCAGCGACGGGGAUGUGCCGGACGACCUGUACGAGGACGAGGACUACGAGUCGCGAGCAGACCGGGAGGAGAAUGAGCCGGACUCGGGAGCGUCCUUCUCCGGCUGCUGGCCGCUGCGAGCCGCCCUGGUGCCGCUGUGCGCCGCCGCCGCAGCCGCGCUCUCUGUGUACCGCAGCGCCCUGCUCUAAGACACAGCGAGGGACGGGGCAGGGACAGCUCACACACUUCCUCAGUGUUUCCACGGAUGAGCUGUGGAAACGCGUCUCUGCACUGGCCGCACCCGGAGUGGAUGAUGCCGGCGGAAUCAACAUAAGAAGUGUCAGUGCGCCUGACUGUCACUGAAAGAGGUGUUGCAUGUUGGGAGGAUGAUAGGAUCAAGGUACCACAGUACUUCCUUUUAUGAGCUGGUGUAGAGUAAGUGCCUCCUGGGGCACUGCUUUUGCUACUAGGAGAUCCUAAAUAUGACAGUAAAGACUCUGUAUCAAAGGGAAGUGGUUAUUCCAGAGGAAACUAGAGAGCCUCCUUGUCCUUCUCUCCUCCUGCAGCUCUUCUUAACCCCCCCUCCCCCCGGUUUUAUUUCCUUCCAGUGGCCCUCCAAGUGUGUGUCUUUAUUAAGACUUUGGAUAAACACCGUCGUGAUCCAGUUUGCGUUCCCCCUUUUGCCUCCCUCCAGCAGCCCGCCAUUGUGGCAAGCACACUUCAAAUAUUUGCUCUGGACGCACAGAGGAGAGGCAAAGUUCUCGGACAAAAAGGACAAAUUGAGUGGAGUGUUUCCUCGGAGAUCACCAGCUACCACUCCUCGUUUGUUCUACUGAAACCUCUCCAGUGACGGAGGCCCCCACACUAUUAAAGCCUGCUUGUUUGAAGCUGUCUCCACACAAAAGGGUAGAGGUACAUCAGCAACAUUUAACAUUAAAGUACAUGUCUAUGCCCGAAAUAGGGAGCUGGAGCGUGGAAGCAUUUCUAAACUCCUGUUCUGUUUUUCUAAUAACAUUUUCAGGCUUUGCAUCACAUCUGAGAUAUGGGUUUAACAUUAAAUCACGUUUACUUCAUAAGUACUCUAUUCUCAUUCUUGCAGCAUUCCAUUCAUUUUGACAGAACAG